AUGCUCCAAGGUCUCCUCAUCUUACUUUGCCUGGCUUUCACCCAAGCUAAUCCCUCUCCUGAUCCCAGUUUGGCUGCCUUUUUGAGCGAUGUGAACCUGCAGCUAUCCAUGAUAUACGAUCAGGAACAGUUGGCUUUUCUACAAAAUGAGCUGCAUGGACCCAACAACCUGAUCGCCUUGCUGCAGGCCGAGUUGGCCCACGAAAAGCUGCUUAACUUCCUCGGAAGUAUCAGCAAGCGCGUGGCCAAGUUCAAGCGUCUGCGCUUAGGUGAUGCACUGCAGCGACGUCAGCUGCAGCGCGUGCCACAGCUGGGCUAUGAGGCACUCAGUGGUGCGGAGGUGGUUCAGAUUUAUGAGCUGGCCGCCAACAUGAGCGACAGCUAUGAGAAUGUCCAGCUGUGCGCCUAUGGGCAACCACUAAACUGCACACUGCGGCUCAUACCGGAUGUGCAGCGCGUGGUGCAGCAGAGUCGGAACCUGGAGGAGAUUGAGUACUAUUGGCUGGAGUGGCGCCGCCGCACGGGCUUGGCCACACGCCAGCAGUUCGUCCACUUUAUGGAGCUGUACAAGAAGACGGCCAAGGCGAAUGGUUUUAGUCAAGCUCAGGAUUAUUGGUUCCAUCAGCUGGAGCUUACCGGACAGCAGGCGAUGGGUCUGCUGAACGAAUUGAUGUCUACGCUAGAACCACUUUUCCUGCAAUUCCAUGCACAUGUGCGUGGUUCGUUGAGGAAGAUGCAUGGAGAGCAGCUGGUGCCGCAUGGACGUGCGUAUCCGCAGCAUUUGGCGGAGGUUUUUCUGGGCAAUGCCUACAGAAGUGCACGCGCAGAUUGGUUUGUGGACAUACCUGCGCCGGAAGCUGGUUUGCCCAAUAUCACGGAGGCAUUGCAGCGACGUGGUCUGAGCACCACACAGCGCGUUUUCUGGAAUGUGGCGGAGUAUUAUCGUGGUUUGGGUCUAACUCAAUUGGAGAGUUCUCUUUGGACCAAUGCCCAGCCUGUGGCCAGCCACAAUGAGGACAGCUGCUGGCACAAGGCGUGGCAAUUUCACACGAUGCCCUCGAAUAACUUCAGCUACUGCCCGCUGUCCGACGAGGAGCGCUUUUUCAAUAUGUUUGAGGCACAGUUUGAGCUGCAUUAUUUUCGUGCCGCCGCAGCGCAACCAACGCUGUUGCGUGAAGAGCCGUUUCCCAAUUUCAGGGAUGCGAUGGGCAAAUCCUUCGCUCUGGCCGCCGCUUCCCCGCGCUAUCUGCGCAAGCUGGGCCUGCUGCGGGAUGCGAAGUGGAGCGGCCUGCCCGCUCGCCUGAAUCGAUUGUAUUUGCAGGGUUUGCGUGUGGUUUUUCUGCUGCCCGUUUUCUACGUGCUGGAUCGCUAUCGGGUGGAGGUGCUCAGCGGGCACAUCAAGGCCGACGACAACGAAGCCUAUUGGCGGCUCACGGAGCGAUAUACAGGCGCUGUGCCGCCGCGCAGACGCAGCAACGAACACUUCGAUGUGCCCGCCAAGCUGCUGCUGGAGGUGGAUGAUCAAUAUACCAGCCAAUUCUUCAGCACCGUGCUGCAGUUUCAGAUCUACAAAAACUUCUGCACCAGCACCGGUCAGUAUGUGGAGGACUCUGCGGAUAAGCCUUUGGAUCUGUGCGAUCUUUCUGAUCAGCGUGAGAUAGGAACCAUUCUGAAGCACACCAUGUCCUUGGGCUCGUCGCUGCACUACAAAGAGGUGCUGCAGCAGCUGCUGGGCACUGCCGAACUAAGCAUGGAUGGACUUUUGACCUAUUUUAAGCCUCUGCAGGAUUGGCUGACACAGCAAAAUCGUGAUAAUGAUUUGGAAGUGGGUUGGCUACCAAAUUAA